AUCGUGUUUGCGCAGACGCGUCCCGCACUGUCAGCAGCUCAAGGUGUGGACUGUGGAGGUGUUCAGAAAGGCGAGCGGGACAUUGUGGCGUGUUUUCAGGAAAGGAGUGGAAGAGUCCUCGAAAUAUCAAGCCUGAGGGAUAAAAACCAGUCCGCUUUCACCCGGGGAUACAAUAGCAGUAUGUGCGCUAAUGAGUGAUUGCCGUCACUCUUUGAAGUUGUAGAUAUACCAAGUCUUAAAUGUUUCGCGUUUAUGUGCUGAAGUUUACAUGCAUAGGUAGAAAAAGCGGAGGCGGAAGAACUCGCAAUACUGGUUGCCUCGAGUUUGUUUUGUUCGCUUCCAAGUGGAUUAUCGUUGACAUUGUCAAAUAAAUGAAGUGACUUUCUAGCUUUGCGUCAAAGUUCAAUAAAUGAUGACGGGUUUGAGGAAAAAGAAGCUCUUCGUCCUGGUGGACGUUCUGUGUGUUGUUGUAGCUUCUCUGCCCUUUGUGAUCAUGAAUAUUGCAUCCCAGCCAUAUGAGCGAGGCAUCUACUGCCAGGAUGAGAGCAUUGGUUACCCCAUAAAACCAGACACCAUCACACAUGUAACACUGGCUGUAGUCACCAUCACCUGCACGGUCAUCAUUAUAUCGUUGGGUGAGGUGUACCUGGUGUACAGUAAAAUAAUUCACUCCAACUCUACCUUUAAUCAGUAUGUGUCUGCCAUAUAUAAGGUGCUGGGCACCUUCCUAUUUGGGGGAGCUGUCAGCCAAUCACUGACAGACUUGGCCAAGUACACCAUUGGGCGACCACGGCCACAUUUCUUAGCAGUGUGUGCUCCCAAAGUCUGCAAAGGAUACAUGGCCACAGUCAAUUGCACUGGCGACCCGCGUGAUGUCACUGAAGCCAGGUUGUCCUUCUACUCAGGGCACUCCUCCUUUGGGAUGUACUGCAUGCUGUUCUUAGCGUUCUAUGUCCAGGCAAGACUGAAUGCAAAAUGGGCUCGUCUCCUGAGGCCCACCAUCCAGUUCUUCCUGGUGGCCUUUGCCGUGUACGUAGGUUACACCCGCGUGUCCGAUUAUAAACACCACUGGAGCGACGUGCUGGUAGGACUACUCCAGGGGGCGCUCAUUGCAAUUCUCACUGUGCGAUAUGUGUCAGAUUUCUUCAAGGUCCGUCCUUUUCCUCAGUGCUCGAGUCCAGAGACGAUGGAAAGUGAUGUUGCAGUGCGGAAACCCAGCCUACACUUGGGAGAAUCUGAGCACAAUAACCAUUACAGCUAUUCUGGACCUGUGUGAGAGGAAUGGAGCAAGAUACUCACACUACAUCUCCCACAAACCACUGGACUGAUGGCAGGGGACGGACACGACUGCACAUGCUCACAAUGUUCUUGCAUCACCAGCCUCGUUGAGAAAAAGCUUUGGUGUCUCUUUCUGUCCUUUGCAUGACAGAGAACUCUAUACAUAUUUAAUCAAUUUAUUUUAAUCACAAUGAUUUGCUGAGGACCUCCAUAUUUUGAGGGACUGAAUCUAUUUUAUAAGUUUAAGUUGGUAUAUUGGAUCAGAUUUUAUAUGAAGUGAUGUAUGGCAUGUAUAUUCUUUAUCUGAACUGUAAAUCUUAUCAAACUAUAGCUUAAAAUGGCACUUUGCUCUGUAGCUUAGCUUGCACUUCCCAUAUCAUUUGACAAACCCAAUAGAAAUGGGUCAUGAAAAGUCUGUCAUAAAUCACUGCUGCAUGAGCAAGUUCUAUCCUUUUCAUAGCAGAGUCAUUUGAAGUUUCCAUUAUUAUGCACCUAAAUUGUGAGUAAUCUGGCCUUUUUUCCAAACAGGUUGUCGACACUUGAUGUGGACUGCAAACAAUAGAUAAAGAAAUUGUUAUAUGAUUUUGUUUCCCAAUGUUUAAACGUGAAACCACUACAGCAGCUGCAAGCCUGUCAUGCUCCAUUUUUUUAAAAAGCUGGCUUUAUUGAACUUUUUACUUUGUGAAUUUUUUUUCCCAAAUUCUUAUUAAAUGUUUGUAAUAAUAGUUUGAUUGGUGGUUACAGACUUUGUUAUAAUUAAAUAGGAGCAAUUUAAAAAGUCACUGACACUGAGGUGUUCUAUAAUGACAUUUAUCAACACUAUUACACAAGAAAUUGUCAUUGCUUCUGAGUGUUCAGGUACCCUGAAAUCGACCCCAUUUUUGCAUUUGUACGUCAAUUCAGACGUGAUCACCUUUCAAACUACAAAUGCAACUCACUUUUGGCUCCACCCUGUGGACAUUUCACCCUGAAAAUUGAACUUGCCUGUGCCCAUGUGUAAAAGAACACUUCCAGCUUCGGCCAUUGGGGGCAGUGGUUUGAAUCUCAGCUUAAGGAUUUUCGACCUACGUUCGCUGAAGUUUCAGCCAUGUUUGCUACAAGAAAUUCUAGAGUCACUUUUGAUGCAAAUUGCACUCUGGUGAAAAACAUCAGCACAGCUAUUUCAUUUUUGCAUAUCCAGUUAGCAUACUUUGAUCAAGAAGUACUAUAUCAAUAAUGAAUGUACUUAUGCAGGCAUGAACAAACAUUAACACAGUCCACAUUAUAACUGUACUCAAAUGGUUUCAGAUUCUGAAAAGAACAUAGCGCCAGAAGUGAUUGUCAAACACAUUUUAUCUUAUUAGGUUUGCAUACUUUGUUUACUUUUGCAAUGUUCUAUUGGGUGCUUCAAGCACUGCAGUAGCCAAGCCUCUAAGGCUGAUCAUUUAUUCAGUGAAAGCUAUACAAAAUAACUACAAAAUAAGUUAGUCACAUAACAUUUUUGCACUCCAAAAUAAUUCACACCAUUUUAAAACAAACUGUACUGAAUGUGGUUCGCUUAUAACUUGCAAGUGAUUUUAAACUAUACUUAGUAAUUCAUCCUUCUGUUUUCUGUCAAAAUGAAGGCUGAAGACAUUUAUUUUUCUCCUUGCAAUGCCAUGUCAAAGUGGAGGAAUUGCAACAGGAAUACAUUAAAACUAAAUAUUAUCAUGCUUAUUACACAGCUACUUAAAUAAAUGGACAUAAAAUAUAGAUUUGAGUUGAAAUUAUUUCAUUAUGUGAGAAGGCACCCAGAACGAUACUAAAAACAUUAACACAGCUGUGUGUAGUAAAUUAGCUGUGAAUAUGGGCAGUAAACUGAAUUAUAUAUUUUAGCUCCCAUUAUACAAAAGCAUUUGACCACAGAAUGCAACAAUUGACCAAUCAGAAUCAAGUAUUCCAGUGAGCUGUAUAAUAAUUGAAAAUUAAAUUAGUAGUGGUAAUAAGAUAAUAAUAAUAAACAACAAUUAUAGGCCUAAUUUAGUGGAAAAGGGUGAACUUAUGACUUAGAACCUAUGAUAGCUCUAUUAAACCCAAAAUGAGAUCUGAGCCCACUUUUAACUGCAGGGGUUCUUUUUCACUUGGUUCACAUUUUAGUCCUCUAAGAGGUUUGUAAAGUUCUAAAGGGUUUCUUUAAAGGGUUUCUGAGAGCACAUGCUAGUAGGCACUACAACCACUGGUCUUGGUGGUAACAAUAGACUGAUCACACUGUGAAUUCGACAAAAGUAGGUCAGAAGUUUUGCUGCUAAAAUUAGCCUAUGCUUACCGAAAUUCAAAUCGCUGCCCCAAUGGCCAAAGCUGGAAAUGUUGAACGGAUGGGCACGUGUGAUCUCCAGUUUCCAGGUGAAAUGUCCACACAGUGGCAUUAAAAGCAAGUUGUAUUUUUAGUUGUAAAUACUGUAAUACAGUCAACAGGAAUACAUAUUUUUAUUAACUCUACCCCCUAACCAAAAUCCCUACCCUACACUUAACCGUCAAUGGCAUAAAAAUGCAAUUUUAGAGCGAAAUUACAAGCUACUAAUCAUGCUCACCAUUGUUCAUGUGAUUACUUCCUGGCAGGGGUGGACUGGGAAGAAAAUUUGGCCCGGGAUUUUACAUAGAAACCUUCCAUAGAAAUGCCCCUUCCACAUAUCGAAGGGCCGUUUUGCCAUUCAUAAUGCAGUGGACCAUGCAGCCCCAUUUCGCGGCCGGCCCACCGGGAAAAGUCCCUGUUCUCCCAAUGGCCAGUCCACACCUGCUUCCUAGUUCCCACAGGACCACAACCCAUGUUUUGGUGGCUGCUUGUGCAAUGCGCUAUAUGAAGUUCUAGAGGGAAAUGUGUUCACGUUUGAAUAGAUGUCUGAUAGUGAAUGGUGCUUUUCAGUAAUUUGACAGAACGGGAGCAUGAACUUUCGGAAGCAACAUGUCAAUUUCUCGUGUUGAUUACAGAGUUUCUUUUCUACCCUUGUUUUUCUAAGCUUGCAACUGUAUGGUGUUGCAUUCUUUUAACUUAAAUGUAAGUUCAAAUGUAAGCAAGAUGCCUGUCUAUCUAUGCAAGGUUGUGAUUUAGUAUUUAGAUAAUGUCAAAGAAAGCACAUAUUUAGCACCUCUCUGGUUCUUUGGAAAAUCUAGGGCCAUUUCCACUGUAUAAAUCUAGCAAAGUAUUGUUGGUAUUUCUCCCAAGAACUCUCUUUGGGAUCAUUUUGGGUAAGGAUGGUAGAGUUCUUUGCCAAUUUUCUCUUUUUAGCUUGUCGCACUGCACAACAUCUCUGCUUCAGUUGUUUUCUACUCUCAAAGACAGUCAUUUAGACUUCCCACACCCUUAAAAUAGUGUUCAGUGCUGCAAAGCCAUGGACACCUACAGGACCAGCAUGGUGCGAUUACUGCAUUGCUGCUCCCAUUUUAGCCCUGUUGGCCAUUUCCUUUCAGUAUACACUGGUCACAUCCAUUUUCAUUGAUUGCAUGCAACAUAUUUCUUCUUCAGACCUGCUUGAUGUUCUCUAAAAGAGACAGUUGUUUUACAAAAGUUUUUUAAUGUUUGACAUGGAUUAGUAAUUAAUCUGUACUAAAAUGCAAUUUAAAAGCUUCAAUACUCAA